GAUUUUUUUUUUUACUCUAGGCUUGUUUGUUAGUGUGGUUGUAUUGUGUGCCAAGUGUACUCAAGAAGGUUACACCAGUGUCCUUUAUAUAACACAACUUCUUAAGUCCUCUUUUAACACUCAUCUCUCUGAUGAAGACCAUGGAGCUUUUCUCUCUCUCAUCCAUCCUCCUCCUCCUUGCGCUCUCCUUCACUAGUCCCAUUCUCUCUAUCUCUGAUCAGCCAUUAUUAAUCUCAUCUGUUGUUCAUGAUGAAGAAGAAAGCUGCCCUUACACCGUGAUUGUCACCACGAGCUGUUUCUCUCCUGAUUUGUCAAGGGAUCAGAUCACUCUCGCUUUGGGUGACGCCGACGGUAACAAGGUGGUCGCACCGAGACUAGACGAACCGUUAAGUGGUGGAGGAGGUUUCGAGAAAUGUUCAUCAGACACAUUCCAAGUCAAAGGUCAGUGUCUAGACACUAUCUGCUCUCUCUACAUCUACCGUUCCGGUCCCGACGGUUGGAUCCCAGAGACCGUGGAGAUCUACGAGGAAGGUUCCAAAUCCGUGAAAUUCGAUUUCAACAAAAACGUCCCUGAGAACACUUGGUACGGCCACAACUAUUGCAACAACACCGGUUUGCCACCACCUUCGCCGGAUAAACCUCCUCCGUUUAAACCCACAGUCCCACCGCCCCACCCACCUCAUUCUCCUCCCGACAAACCUUCUAUCCCACCACCAGCACCACCCCAUGCACCACCCCAUCCACCACCAUCUGCUGCCUCUGGACGUGGAGGUGGUGAGAGUUUGGUUGUUGCGUCUGCUGCGAUUCUGAUUGCGUUAGCGGCUAUGGUGGUUUGAGUUUCUAGUUAAGAGUUGCUUUAAUGACUAAUAAUUAUGGUGUAAUGACUUUUGUUUUUUGUUUGUAGUAAUUGGAGAUCCUGGAGACCUUUGAUUAGUUAAUGUAUCGAGUCAUGAAGUACUAGUAAUCAAUAUAAAUGAAACAUGCACUGGUGUUUUUGCAUGUGAUUUAUAGUUAA